CGGGGACGACCUCAGCUCGGAACCAGCCGGCGGCAGGGCGGUUCCCACAGGGACGCCACCGCGGCGGACCACGCCUCACGUGGGGCCGGCGGAAGGCGGAAGUGAUGGCGGCGGGCGCCGGGGGGCCCGGGGCGGCGGCGGUGCGGCGGCGUUAAGUAGUUGGGGCCCGAGAUGGCGGCCGGCUGCGGAAGCGGGGCGCGGCUUUGGUCGCUGCUGGUGCUGGCCGCUCUGGCAGGGCUGGGAGCUGAAGCCAAGAAUUCUGAGGAUGUGCGGUGUAAGUGCAUCUGCCCUCCUUACAAAGACCAUUCAGGCAAUAUUUACAACAAAAAUGUGUCACAGAAAGACUGUGAUUGUCUUCAUGUGGUUGAGCCUAUGCCUGUCCCUGGACCAGAUGUAGAAGCUUACUGCUUACGUUGUGAAUGCAAAUAUGAAGAGAGAAGCUCUGUCACAAUUAAGGUUACAAUCAUCAUAUACCUGUCUAUUUUGGGCCUACUUCUUCUGUACAUGGUCUACCUUACACUGGUGGAACCUAUACUGAAGAGACGUCUCUUUGGACAUUCACAACUCAUACAAAGUGAUGAAGACAUUGGGGAUCACCAGCCUUUCGCAAACGCACACGAUGUGCUGGCUCGCUCGCGGAGCCGCGCCAAUGUGUUGAACAAAGUGGAGUAUGCCCAGCAGCGCUGGAAGCUCCAGGUCCAGGAGCAACGCAAAUCCGUCUUUGACCGUCACGUCGUGCUGAGCUAAUUGUGUUACAAUGAAAAUGACUCCAGGAAAGUCAAGUGGACUGGUUGAGAGAGCUGACUGAUGUCUUCCUGAUCCUGCCAAUUCAGAAAGGUUUUACUGAAUGGUUUAGUAUUGAUUUAAAGAAAUAAAGUACGUGAACAUUGGAGGAAUGUACUGGAGUGAAAGCAACUGGGGGGGAAAAAAAGUUAACCAAAAGCUGAAGUCUUUACCUUUUCAAAUGUCUUUCACUAAUGCAACUGAAAAGAAAACAAACCUUUGAGUUGCCACUGUGGUACCUUAUUUGCAGUUGUGACUUUAUGGUGGUUUUUAACAAUAUAUUUCUCUCUACUAUUUCUGUGGUUAAAAAGUACCUAGGAACGCAAUGAUUACUUGCAACUCACUAAUCACUUUGUGUAAAGUCCUUUUGUAAAUAUACCUGGAUUUUCUGCUGACUAGUACUGGGGUACUGGAAAUCUUAAUUCUUGCAGUGUAGUUUUCAUAUCAGAGAAUGAAAUCCUAGUUGGCUGAAUUCAUCAUUUGAUUUCUUGCACUCACACUUUCAAGAUGCCUGUAUUUCAAGUGAUGUUUGCAGAUGGAAGGCAAAGCCUCGAUGGACACUGACUCUUGGAGCUGCAUACUUUAAAGUACUGUGAUGUAGAUAAACUCAAAUGCAGUGAGUAUUAAGACAGUGUUGGCAUUUUGGUUUAGUAGCUUAAUAUAUUGUAUGUGUAUGAUAUCUCUUAAAAACUUUACCCUUUCUUUUCACGAGUAAAGUCUCAGGAGUUAGUAUAUGAUGAAAUAUAUUUAUUACAAAAACCUUCCUGCAUUUGUUUGGAUUGAUGGUGUAAGGCACAUGCUUUCUCUAGCACCUGUCAUCUUGGGAGUUAGGUGUAUUUUUUUAAUCUGUGAUUCUGUACUCAUCUCUCUUCAGAGGUACACAGUUGCUAGAUGACUAACUUUCAUAUAUCCCCUUUGGAAUGUAACAAUCAAAGAUAAAACUGAUUUUUGAAAAAUG